CGCCAGGCGGCAGCGCGGCCUUAAGCAGAGGAGGCGGAGCUGAAAUUGGGUCGGGACUGCUUGCUAACUCCAGGACCAGGUGGGGAACCUAGGGCCCAGGUGGCAGUUUGUCCUGAUCUGGCAAAGAGGAGGCAUACCCUGCUGUUGCCCUCUCGCCGCAUCUCCCCCACGCCCUGCCGCAUCCCCAUCUCAUACCAGGCUGGAUAGGAAGUAGGUCAAGCCUUCAUAAGGACAGAGAUCAGAGACCUCCCCCCCCACCAAGACUGUUUCUUGUGCCUGGGAGUUGAAGAAACCAGAUCUUUUCUGAUUACCUGCCUCAGGCCGGGAGCCUAUUGAGCCGUUUAAAUUUUUGAAAUUGAAGUAGGCCUACACAGUAGGAACCCAUGUCUUUUCUUGUAAGUAAACCAGAGCGAAUUAGGCGGUGGGUCUCGGAAAAGUUCAUUGUUGAGGGCUUAAGAGAUUUGGAACUAUUUGGAGAGCAGCCUCCGGGUGACACUCGGAGAAAAACCAAUGAGGCGAGCUCAGAGUCGAUAGCAUCCUUCUCUAAACAGGAGAUCAUGAGUAGCUUUCUGCCAGAGGGAGGGUGUUAUGAGCUACUCACCGUUAUAGGCAGAGGAUUCGAGGACCUGAUGACAGUGAACCUAGCAAGGUACAGACCAACGGGAGAGUACGUGACGGUACGCAGGAUUAACCUAGAAGCUUGUUCCAAUGAGAUGGUGACGUUCUUGCAGGGGGAGCUCCACGUCUCUAAGCUCUUCAGCCAUCCCAAUAUCCUGCCCUAUCGAGCCACCUUUAUUGCAGACAACGAGCUGUGGGUUGUCACUUCAUUCAUGGCAUAUGGCUCUGCCAAGGACCUCAUCUGCACACACUUCAUGGACGGCAUGAAUGAGCUGGCGAUCGCCUACAUCCUGCAGGGGGUGCUCAAAGCCCUGGACUACAUCCACCACAUGGGAUAUGUGCACAGGAGCGUCAAAGCCAGCCAUGUGCUGCUCUCCGCCGAAGGGAAGGUCUGCCUGUCCGGUCUGCGCAGCAGCCUCAGCACCAUCAGCCACGGGCAGCGGCAGCGUGUGGUCCACGACUUUCCCAAGCACAGUGUCAAGGUCCUGCCCUGGCUCAGCCCGGAGGUCCUGCAGCAGAAUCUUCAGGGUUAUGAUGCCAAGUCUGACAUCUACAGUGUGGGAAUCACGGCCUGCGAACUGGCCAAUGGCCACGUCCCCUUUAAGGAUAUGCCUGCCACCCAGAUGCUGCUGGAGAAGCUGAACGGCACGGUGCCCUGCCUGCUGGACACCAGCACCAUCCCCGCCGAGGAGCUGACCGUGAGCACCUCGCGCUCAGCCGCCAACUCUGGCCUGAGCGAGGGCCUGGCCCCCGGCACCCCCAGGCCCUCCAAUGGCGACUCGCCGUCCCACCCCUAUCACCGCACCUUCUCGCCCCACUUCCACCACUUUGUGGAGCAGUGCCUUCAGCGCAGCCCGGAUGUGAGACCAAGUGCCAGCACCCUCCUUAACCAUUCUUUCUUCAAGCAGAUCAAGAGACGUGCCUCAGAGGCUUUGCCUGAGUUACUUCGUCCUGUCACCCCCAUCACCAACUUUGAAGGCAGCCACUCUCAGGAUCACAGUGGAAUCUUUGGCCUGGUAACAAACCUGGAAGAGCUGGAGGUGGACGACUGGGAGUUCUGAGCCUCUGAAAAAGGUGCAUAUUCUCCAUCCCGGGCCGUGUGAGCCUCCGGAACCUUCCUGAGGACUGGCCACAUUCCCACCCUCCUGGGGGCAGACUGGGCAAGAAAGGACAUUUCUGCCAGGAGAGUUGGCUGCUUACUGACUGGGAAAGAAAUUCCUGGAGAGGAACUUUUUUUACUGCUCCCUUUUGAGACAGAAGGGAAUCCCGACAACCAGGGAUCGGGAGGGGCCGGAAAGCUGACAUUCCCAGCCCUGUGAGCUCAGGCGCCCUGACCUCUUCAGAAGGAAGAGAUGCUGUUCUGGCCGAGGCGGCUGAAGCCCAAGCCAAGGGUUGGACUCACCCAGGGAACUGUGCGACUUCUUCCCACCCUGGCUCUCCUACCAGCCUGGUUCCAUUCUUCUCCUCUGCUCUCAGAUCCUGUAGGAGGUCCGUGGAGGGGCAAGCGAUAAGACCCCCCUCUCCUCAGACCUCUCCCUAACAACUGGAGGGAAGGGUAUUUUUCCUUUUUAAGCACUAGGUUAAGGCCAGGGCAACCCAUCCCCGUCCCCCUUUUCGCUUGGGCCCUGACACCUAAAACCUUCCCUCGGUUCAUCUCUGUAGCUCAUUCCUUUCCCAAGAGUCCAUCUUACUGACUCCUGUGGGCCACCUUGGUGCUUCCUCCAAAGGCCAUAAUGUCUUGCCUAACCUGAGGGCCUCAGUCCUCAUGCCGUGUUAGUUUCAUUGCCAGAACAAAUUAAAAGCUGGAGAGA